UGUGAGGUGGGAGUCUACUAGUCAAGGGAAACUGUCGGCAGCCUAGUCUUUAUCUUCAGUUCUUUGCAUUUCUUUUCAUUUGCUUGAACAUUGCUCCUCUUUCGCUUGUUCUUCCGUCUAUCAAGAAACCAGAGAAGAUGUCAUUAGUAAUCGAAGCACUUGGAGAAAUAGUUAUUUCUGUACUGUUGAGGAAUGUAGCCGGUCUGUUGAAAGAGAUAGUGGACCUCGUCUUGCAUGCCAAAAAAGAUCUCAAGAAUCUCCAUGGGAAGGUGGACCGGUUGCAGAAUGCCCUCAAAGAUGCAGAUCGCAAGCCCUUUUUCAGCAACGAGCGUGACAGAGAUCUGGAGGGAGAGAUGAAGGACGUUCUUUAUGAUGCCCCGGACAUCAUGGAAGAAUACCAAACCAUAAUCGAGCUCAGAAAUUCUAUAACUUCAAGGAACAAGGUAAGAAAACCCUGGAUCACUCUAUUCCCUGGCUUUAAGGAACCUAUGUCUGCUUCCUACCAACUUGGAAAUGGAAUAAAAAAUAUCAACCAAAGGCUUGAUAAAAUUGAAAGAAAGAGGGAAAAGGUGGAAAAAACACCAAAAGAGAGUGGUGAGGGUCGUACUGGUGGGGAGGAUGAUGAUCUUCGAGAGACAAACCAUCACAUGGGUGCACAACAGCCCAUAGGCAGGGACCAUGAUAAAACAGUGAUAGUAGAAAAGCUCUUGUCCAAUGACUCUACACCGAGUAGUAUGACAGAGAAGCAUAAUGUUUCUAUUAUCUCCAUUGUAGGAGAAGGAGGGAUCGGCAAAAGUACUCUUGCAAAAGUGGUAUUCAAUGAAGUUGAACAACAGUUUGGGGAACGUAGGUGGUGGGUUUGUGUUUCGGAGAGGCCAAAACGUAAGGAUUUAUUGCAGAAAAUAAUGAAGGAAGUGUGCAAGGGAUCCAAAGCAGGUUUUGAGGGUAUUACUAAUUUGAAUCACUUGUACACGCAAAUACAGAGUGUACUCUCGAUGAAAAGGUUUUUGCUGGUCUUAGAUGAUGUUUGGGAACUAGAUUGGUGGGAGGGAGAUGUAGGGAGCACCCUCAUGAAUGGUGCAACAGGGAGUAAAAUUUUGCUCACUAGUCGAAAUAUAGAUGUUUGCAAAGGAAUUGGUGCUUUAUAUGUGCAUAGAUUGCCAAUAUUACCUGUAAAUGAGAGUUGGACUUUAUUCUUGAACAAGGCAUCUGUGACCAAAAAUGAUUUGGUGAGCCACCAUUUGCUAGACAUUGCAGAAAAAAUAGUCAAGAAGUGUGGUGGGUUGCCGCUUGUGGUCCAAACUGUUGGGUCCUUAAUGCGAACAAAACCCAAGGACAAAGCGAAGUGGGAGGAGGUUGCGAAAAGUGAGAUCUGGGAAUGGAAGUUAUCGUCUUCUUCUCAAUAUGGUGGCAUUCUUCCUGGUCUUUUACUGAGCUACGAUGACUUACCACCUUAUUUGAAGAGUUGUUUCAUAUAUUGCAGCAUUUUUCCAAAAGAUUAUGAGAUCGAAAAGGAGGGAUUGAUCAUGCAAUGGAUGGCGCAUGGAUUAAUUGAGGAAAAGAAAGACAUAGAUGUGGAAGUGACAGCAAACCAAUACAUUGAUGAUCUGAUAAAUCGGUGUUUGAUUGAAGAGACCCCUCGUCCCAAGUUGCAUGGCAAUUUAUAUCGAGAUUCUCUCAGCCCUCGUCCCAAGUUGCGUGGCAUUUUGUAUAGAGAUCAUAAGGGCAGUUGUCUCAGGUUGCAUGACAUUUUGCAUGACCUUGCCUCAUAUAUUGGUGGAAAGGAAUAUGGCCAUGCCUCUGCUACUGACCGCACCCGUCAUCUGUCAUUACUUGCUGUAGACAGUGCCGAAGCGACCAAGCAUUACGCCUCUGCAGCAACAAAUAAGUUGCGUACAAUAAUGUUGAGUGGUUCCUAUUCCGACUCGCCUUCAGUUAAUAUUGAACACUCAACCAAAUUCAAGUGGUUGAGGGUGUUGUCAUUGAUGAGAUGUCAGAUCGACAUGCUGCCGGACUCCAUUGGAUGUCUUUUGCUGCUAAAAUAUCUCGAUCUAAGCUAUUCUAACGUGAGUUGGUUGCCGAGUUCAAUGGGCAAGCUCUAUAACUUGCAAACGUUGGAUUUAAGUUGUAGUAAAAUUGAAGAAUUGCCCAAGGAAAUGAGUGAACUGUGCAACUUGAGGUACCUUGGGCUGGAAAGUACAUGGAGUUUGGAUUUUAUAGCCGAAGGCUUGGGCAAGCUUACCAGUUUACGGACCUUGCAUAGGUUUCUAGUAUGUGAUGACAAAGGGAAGACAAGCGGAUCUAAUAUUGAGGAACUAAAAGACUUGAAUAAUCUAAAGGGAGAGUUGUCGAUAGAAGGUUUGGGGGGGACUAGAAAAGCAAUUGAUCAUGCAGGAAAGGCAAAAUUACUUAAAGAGAAACAUGGCAUAAACAGUUUGGAAUUAGACUUUGAGGAACAAAAUGCUUCCAAAGCUGUUGAUGCUUCCAAACCGAGUACUUAUAUGCUGGAGGCUUUGGAACCUCCUCAUGGCCUUGAGAGCCUGGUUAUUUAUCAUUACAAAGGAGAAAUUCCAUCUUGGCAUCUGAAGGGAAACUAUACCAUGCUACGGACACUAAAGCUAGAAAGCUGCUCUAUAUGGAAAAAGGUAACGAGGAUUACUUCGUUGGAGACAUUGGAGGUCAAGGAAUGCCCAGCAUUGUGUGAAAUAGAGGGCAUGCCCGUGCUCAAGUCCUUGAAGAUUUUGAGCUGUGAUGGGCUCAACACAAUUGGUCAUGGCAUGCCUGACUUGGAGUCGUUGGAUAUAAAAGAUUGCGGCAGCCUACAGCAAUUACCUCACCAUCUGCCUACUCUCAAGUUGUUGAAGGUGUGCUGAUCUAAUAGCCUGAAGGCUCUCCCUAACAUGCCUGCCUUGGAGUUGUUGGAGGCGAGAAAUUGUGGCAGCCUAGAGCAAUUACCACAAGACCUGCCGGUUCUCAAGCGCUUGAAAGUGUACGCAUCUAAUAAACUGAAGACAAUCGCUAACAUGCCUGCCUUGGAGUCGUUUGAGGUGAAAGAUUGUGGCGGCCUUCAGAAAUUAGCUGACAUGCUGCUCUCAAGUCAUUGGAGGUGAAAAACUAUGGCAGCCUCCAGCAAGUAGUUGACAUGUCUGCUCUCAAGCCAUUGGAGGUGUCCAGGUCUAACAGGAACAAGAUGUCCCACGGACGCAAAGGAACAGAUCGCCUGUCUCGCCUGAAAGCUUGUUGGGGAUUUUCAGAUGUCCUGCACUCGACCGUCUCGGGGAAAAGUUAACAAUUAGCACAUAUUGGGGUUUUCUUAUCUGAAAUGUGUGUGGUUUUUAAAAGCGGUGACAGAUUGUAACUUUUUUUUUUGGUUAAAUAUGAAUCUUUUGCA